GGGCCACCAAACAGGAUACUGGUGGUGCCAGGGAGGCGUUGGGCACAGGAGAAAUCGGGUCCCUGGUUUUUAUUGGUGAGGGAAGGACAGCCUCGAAUCCAGGAAGAGAACCUGCUUCUAGAGGGCGGUCAGGGGAGAGGAAAGCCCCACCCAGACUUGUGUUUGCCCGGCUCUGUGUAUUCAGCCAGUAGGCUCCGGGUGAGGAAGCACAGGGCAGCCUGCCCGGCUCAGUUGGCAGCUGGGCACUGGGCAGCACCAGCUGGAGACACGGCACUCCGAGCAGAAGCAGCUCCAGGUGACACCAGGGGACUGAAGACACUCCCACCAGGGGCUCAGCAGGAACAAUGGGUAACCAAAUGAGUGUCCCCCAAAGGACUGAAGAUCAAGAGAAUGAAUCGGAAACAGAUACUCACAAGGGGGCAUCUGGGAGCGGGUGUGCUCAGAACGGGAUGCCGGUGAUUAUAUCAACCCACACGGUUCAACUCUACGACGAAGUUGAUCUGGGAAUAAGUGUCCAGGAGGAUAAUGUGGCCACUUCUUCUCCCAAGACAAUGGAGAUCAGCGCUGUUGCGGAUGCCAGCGGAAAGAAUCUUGGGAAGGAGGCCAAAGCCGAGGCACCAGCUGCUAAAUCUCGUUUUUUCUUGACACUCUCUCGGCCUGUACCAGGACGUACCGGAGACCAAGCCACGGAUUCAUCCCCUGGGUCAGUGAAGCUUGAUGUCAGCUCCAGUAAAGCGCUAGGGAACAAAGACCCGAGUGAGCCCAUGGCACUUCCGGUGGCAGCUGCAUCGGGGCGAGACCCAGAUAAAACCCCCGGGCAGACCCCGGCCCCGUGGGGACCAGCGCCGAGUCCACCUGAGGCCGGGGGAGCAGCCCCCUCCAAGCCGAAGGACUCCGGCUUCUUUGACAAACUCUUCAAACUGGACAAGGGACGGGAAAAGGCACCGGGGGCCGGCCAGCAGGAAGCCCGGAGCGCGGAGCAUCACGACCAGGCCGUCGAAAGUCCUGCAUCAUCCCCACAGGCAGACGAUGUCCCUGCAGAGACGGACCUAGUGGACGGCAAGGGAAACGCAGGACAGGAAAUCCCAGCUGAGAGCUGCUCUGUCCCCAGGGACCCUGCAGAGCUGGAGAUUGCAAAGGAGGAGCCCCCGACAGAGAAUAAUAACUCCAUCAUGAGCUUCUUUAAAACUCUGGUUUCGCCUAACAAAGCUGAAACAAAAAAAGAUCUGGAAGACACGGCAUCCAAAGCAGAAAAUGUCUGUGAUGGACCAGCGGGGCAGAAGACAUCCGAGAUCCAGGCUAAAGGCGCCAAGAAAAAGCACCUGCAUAGCCCCAGGCUAGGACUUGCCUUUAGAAAAGUCUUUAGGCAUAAGGGCGCUGAAAAGUCACCCUCCGCUUCAGCCGACCUCAAGUCGGACAGAGCCAACGUUACGGCCCAGGAGCCUCAGGGGGCCGCCAAGACUUCUGCAUCCACCGAAACAACAAAGGAAGGCACCAAGGAAAAGGGGGGCCCCGCCUCUCUGCCUCUGAGCAAACUGUUCUGGAAAAAGUCAGCUAAAGAGGAUUCAGUUCCCACAGGUGCAGAGGAGAAUGUGGUGUGUGAAUCACCCGUAGAGGUUGUAAAGUCCGAGGAGGUAGAAUCCGCCCUACAAACCGUGGAUCUCAACGAAGACGAUCACACCCCCGAACCCGCAGAAGCGACGCCCAAGAGGGAAGAUCGCAAAGCACCCAGACCCUCCCUGAUGGCGUUUCUCAGGCAGAUGUCAGUGAAAGGGGAUGGAGGGAUCACGCCCUCGGAAGACAUAAAUGGGACGGACGCCCGCUACCAAACAUCGGACGCCACGGAGAAGGCCGUCCCGCCGCCGCCAGAGCCGGACCCAGCAGCUGCCGCCCCAAAGGGCAAAGAGCCCUCCUCCAAGGACAAGAAGGCGGCCACCGAGCCCAACAAGCAGAAGAGCAACAAGCAGGAAGCCAAAGAGCCGGCCCCAAGUGCGGAGCCCGCCUCGGUGGAGGCCAACUCGCUGCCGAAUGGGGACAAGUCCCAGAAGAGACCCGAGAAGCGGCGGCAGUCCCUCGGGGGCUUCUUCAAGGGCCUGGGACCAAAGCGGAUGUUGGAUGCUCAAGUGCAAACUGACCCCGUAUCCAUCGGACCAGUUGGCAAAUCCAAGUAAACAAAUCACCUUGGUUCCCAAGUUCUGCCACCAAGAUGUCUUCUUCCUACUCCCCAAAUCCACUCCGUGUACAUAUCUUUUCUUCUGAUGGCCAUCAUAUGAAAUUCUGCCUACACAUUAGGUCUGAGCUGUUGUAUAUUGAGGUGUAUUAUUUACGUCUCUGGUCCAGUCUUUCCUGGUAAAUAGUUGUAAAGAUGGUUUAGCAGGUUAACUAGCCAGGUCAGAAGGGUUGAUGGGUGCCAAGCAGGGUGGGAGAGGGGUGGAGGGCUGCAUUCUGGUUAGGUCAUGAAAAAUGACAGUGACAAGUCAGUUACAGAAGGAACAAUGCCUGCUGGAAGGAAUGAAGCUUGGUAGUAAAUACAUGCUCAUCCUUUAAGCUUGAGGAGAGAAGUAAGUUCACGUUUCAAGGAGGGAGAACGUUGUUGUGGGCUCUGUGUUGGGAGGUGGCCAAUUUUCUGGAAUGGAAUGUGUGGGGAAUGAAAAAAGAAUGAAUAAGAAUUGUUUUUCAAAUAGGAUCCUUGAACGUUAUUGACAAGAGGGAAAAGAUUGACUGGAGAGGGCUUGAAAUGAUUUGGGAAAACAAUUGCUUUUUGAGGCUCAGUGACCAAGGCGAGGAUUCCAACUUGAAAAACAAAACAAAACAAAAUAAAUGAAGUUGCAGAUUUAUUUUGCAACACUAGGGGGCGCCAAGGUCUCCGUUUUAAUCCUGCAUCCUGUAUCCCUAACAAAGAUUUGGUCUCUGCAAUCUUACAUUAUUAAUGUUUCUCAGAUGGCUGAGGGGCUUGCUUCAUCUGUUCUGUCUGACACUUAUCUCAAGUCUGUCUGUAAUUUCCUAAUGUUCUCAGGAUGUGCUCUGAUAAAACCCUCCCCCUAACCCCAGUUAAUAAUAAAAAUUUACAGAUUAUUCAAAUACCUGAGUUUUUUUUAAUACGUGUGCAGAGGAGUAAAUAGGACCACGAGUCUAUUAAAAUGUAAUUCAGAGUAGCCAGAUGAUGGACUGAUAUCAUGUAUACUGUACCUUUUUCUGAUUUAAUAAAAAAAAAUACAUUUA